UGCCAACAGCCACAAUGUCCAAAGGGCCUCUGAUUCUCUGGCUGGUGAUUGAGCUCGGGCAGCUUUCUCUGACUCCAGCUGCAUCCGAGAUUGUUGUGAGAGCAUUUUUGGGUGAGACGGUGACUUUGCCCUGUACACACUCAUCCUGGUAUAACAGAAACAGCAUGUGCUGGGGCAGAGGCCAGUGUCCAAACUCCAAAUGCAAUGACGAGCUUCUCUACACUGAUGGGAUGAAGACGGUCUCAAGGAAGUCUCCAAAAUACCAACUUCGGGGGAGUAUCCAGAGAGGGGAGGUCUCCUUGACCAUCUUCAACACCAACGAAGGUGACGGUGGUGUGUACUGCUGCCGCAUAGAGGUGCCUGGCUGGUUCAACGAUGUGAAGAAGAACAUCCGCCUGGAGCUGAGGAGAGCCCCUACAACCAUGCGCUCCACAACCACCCGUCGCCCAACCACCACCAUCACCACUGCUGGGACGACAAGCACAGCUGUGCUUCCAGCUACAGUCGUGACUACACCCAACCUUGCAACCACAUCACCACUUCAGAUGGGCACCACUGCUGAGCUCACAACCACGGCAGCCACAUUCGCUCUGACAACAUGGAGCUCCCUUCCUGAGGAAGACACGAUACUUCUGACCCUUGAGCCUUCCACGGAAGAGCCCAUCCUCACUGCAGAAUCAGAAACUGUCCUUCUCCCUAGGACCUCUCAGAGUGGCACCGAGGCAACUUCUGGAGACACUGCCUUGUUCACAUCCAAAGCGUCUAAAGGUUGGGUUCUCCAGUCAACGUCCCAGGCAUCGGUAUGGGAAGCGAGUGACUUGGUGACCUCUCAGCCAAGAGGUAGGGGGGCUGUGUCCGCAUCUGAGACGCCAUUUCUUGUGCAAAAUGAGGUUGAAUCAGAACAGAUAAAAAUGACCAAUGACUACGACCUGUUUAUGAUCAUUGCUUCCUCCCUGGGAUUUGUGAUGUUGGCAUUGCUUCUGGCAUUUUUCCUUCGAGGGAAAGUCAUGAAAAUGAAUCCUUUCCAGAAACACAACAGGCUAGACAAUGUUGCAGAAGUUCCAUUGCCGCUGACUCAUCCGCCUACAACCAUGCCAUGUGAACCAACCGAGCCUGGAGUAUCAGAACACUGCAUAGACCUACCCCACCCCCCUCAAUCCAUGGAUCAGGGAUGGGCACAAGCCUCACAUUAGGCCAGUUAGAGCCAAAAAGAAGCAAUUCUGAGUUUCCUUUGAGUUAUCCAGGUGCUGAUCUUUACCUGCUGGCCCUGAAGGACAGAAUAGAUGGCUGCAGCUGCCAUCAUGCCACCACAGGGGAGUCUACUUGAGAGGAGGAGGAGCUCAGAAUAAACAUGAGAAUAAAGAACAAACCCUGGUGACAUUGGCUGAGUCUUGAUUAUACCAAGACUGAAAGUAUGAACUUAGACUAUUCACGCUCUGAGAUAUGUAGCAAUAAAUUCCCAUUUUGCUUAAGCUAAUUUGAGUUGCGUUUUCUGCCAUUUGAAAU